AUGUUCACACUUGGUGAUUGCGGAGCAGCGAUCGGACGUCAGUGCAGCAGAAUAUGUGGAUCGAGCCGAAGCUACAGAGAUGAUACAGAAGAAUACAUUUUGGGCCAAACUGAGCUAGGCCCUUUCAGUAGAGAUUCCAAUAGGCGCAGAUCCCACCCUACUCCUACAUCUCGUCCUGAUACUCGCGGUCCAGAUUCUCGCGGUCUGAGUAGUCGCCAUCCGCAUCCUCCUAUCACUUCUCAAGCCCAACCUUAUCAUCGCCUAUACCCAGACGCACGGAGUAGGCCUGAGAAUCAAACUACUCGUUAUCCCACGCAAGUUCCACGUUUCCAAGAAAGUACCUAUUCCACACCAUCGCCAAGUGCCCAAAGCGCCAGUGCGAAUUCUCAGGGUUUAGCUACACCCGGUAAAUCCAGUCGUCCCAGCAGUUCUUCUCGUCAAAUGCCCAGUAAUCCUAGAACCCGUGUGUCAACUAGAGAGAGUCAUAGUCGUGGCACGCAAAAUAUAAGAGCUAGAUUAGAUCCUAUGAUUCUAGAACCGAAUGGCUAUGCGUAUGUCUCUCCGAGUGUAUCUACAAGACGUAAAACUGCUGGAAGUGUAGCGAAUUCUGAGCUGGAUGAGUCUCGUUUUGGGAAGGAGCAUGUGUAA